UUUGCACUCAUCCCGGCUCCUUCCCGCUAUAAAGGCGGCCCGGCCCGCCGCGCUGCGCCACGCCUCCCCGAAGUGCCAGCUCGUUCUCGGACCGCUGUCGCCGGACUCCACCACCGCUUCUUCUCGCUAUGGAUCCCAACUGCUCCUGCACCCCCGGUGGCUCCUGCACGUGCGCCGGCUCCUGCAAAUGCAAAGAGUGCAGAUGCACCUCCUGCAAGAAGAGCUGCUGCUCCUGCUGUCCCGCGGGCUGUGCCAAGUGCGCCCAGGGCUGCAUCUGCAAAGGCGCAUCGGACAAGUGCAGCUGCUGUGCCUGAUGCGGGGGAGCCUGCGCCCGAUGUAAAUACGGCCACGUGUACACACCUGCAGUUUUGUUUUUUGUUUUUUGGUGCUUUUUGUUUUGGGUACAACUCUGACCCGUUUGCUACAUUCCUUGUUUCUUUUUUGUUUUUCCUAUAAAAUGCGUGAAUUAUAAUAAAAGUUGUCGACUUUUA